UCUUUUACUAAGUGGUUAGUUGCCUGCUGAGUAGACAUAAACACCUGCUAAAGAAAUGUGAAAAGAGUGGAAACGGGCUAUUUGGAGAUUAUUUUCCUAGUCGACAUCCAGGAGAUCUCCAGAGAUCUAUUUCAGCCCCACCUGUUGAUUUCAUCAUGAAAAGGAGGAAGCUCAAAGUGAAGUGAGUUAAAAACUUCAUCUCCUAGAGAGGACUGUGGCUCGGCCUGAGUUGAGUUUUUUUAUGUUUAUGUGCAAGCGCAAUGAAGAAGAACACCAGCAAGUCUACCAUGAGGAUCAAUAAGCAAGAUGCUCUCUGCACCCCACACUCCCAUGAUCCGAGAGAUCUUCAAAAUAUGUUGGAUGGAGGAGAGUAUGCCCCUUUUGUAUCUCCUCCCAUGUUAGAGAGCAAUUUUAUCCAGGUCAACAGAAGAGGUGAAUCCAUUUACCUUCAUAACCAAGCCAACUGGGUGACCAUAGGCAUCUGUUCUUCCAGCUCCACCCACAAGAUCCCCAAUGUGAUGCUACUGGCCCAUCUGACACCUGGUGCCCAAAAAGAUACAGAAACCCUGUUUAAAAGUCUCCUGACAUCUCCUCCUGCAGAGAAACUAGUGCUCACCAGGUUUCUCCCUCUGCAGUUUGUGACUCUUUCUGUGCAUGACGCGGAGAACAUGCGCCUGAAAGUAAAGCUGGUGAGUGGUCGAGCCUACUACUUACAGCUCUGCACCUCUGCAUAUAAACAGGACACCUUGUUUUCUCAAUGGGUGGCCCUCAUCUCCCUCUUGAAUCAGGAGAAAGCCAAAGUUUCCAAAGUGUCGGAGGUUUCAAGUCUCUCAGGAAUUACGAAUAGCACAGACAUCACAGGCUCCAUGGAUGUGACGGAUGUCACCGCGUUCACAGAAAUCCUGACCCCAUACAUGUAUGCAGGUACAAGCCCUGAACAUGUCAGGGACAGCAUAGAUUUCUCAGAAUUCACAGACAUCACCAACAUCACAGAUGUCACAGAUCUUCCAGAAAAUGAGGUCCCAGAGGUCCCGGAUGUAAGAAUUGUCACAGAAGUCAUAGAAGUCAGAGAAGCCACGGAAGUCACAGACAGCUCUGAUAUUACAAACUGCUCGGGAGUCACAGUGGUGUUUGAAAACAAUGACUUAAUCAGGGCCAAGCAAGAGGAGAAGGAGAAAUUGAAAAACAUUCUGAAGCCUGGGUGUUUACAAGAUACAAAAAGUAAGAGUGAGUUGAAAGAAUCCUCAAAACCUGUCACCAUCUCAAACAUAACACUGACUUUUGAAGGUAAAAGAUAUUUUCAAACUACCUUGACUCCAGUAGAAAGUGAGGCAAAUACAUCCAAGGAGAUGGAGGAUAAGACCUCUGAAGAAAAGAUGCCUGAUUUUCAGAGCACAGCUCUCAAGGCUGAAGAAUCCAGGAGCUUGAGAACUGGAUCAAACACUUCAGGGAAUGAAUGUGAGGAAAGAAAAGUAAAACAGAAAAAGACAAAGUUGAUGGAAAAACAUGUAAGACAAACUAAAGACAUUUGAAUUAAAUGAACUGACUUCUCCACCUUUUUUUAAAAUCAGAUACAAACUACUAAACUAAAAAGCAAACACAGCUCAGGAAAAGACAAUCAGUGCAAGAGGAAAACCAAGCAGUGUCUUCUAUGUGGCAGAAAUAAAGCCUAUGACUAAUUAUUACGAAUUCAAA